UACCACAGGGGUGCUGAGGAAAAGUGUCCCAGUCCUGCCCGCCGCGGGGUUCGGUUCGGACGGUGGGCCGUGCCUAGGCCCCAUCUGUUAACCAAAGCCCUUCCUCCCACGCUCUCCCUGCCAUCGGCGUGUUGGGGCGUGGGAGACGUGGGGCAGGGAACCAGGCACGGCUGAAGGCUGAGGGCCCCCAAAGCCGGCGCCUCGGAGCCUUUCUGAUGCGCCAUCCUUUACGACCCCGAGGGUUGAGCGGCUCCGCGAAGACGCCCCUAAAUCGCGCUCUGGGGCCCGCCCACCAGCGUGCGCGCCGGGUCCGAGGGAGCCCCGCGGCUCGCCCUGCGCCGCCCCGCCCCGCGGGCUGCGGUCCCUUUAAAGGCGCGCGCGGCCAGGCCGCCCCUUCUCCGGCUCGGGAGCCGCCGCCUGCCUGGCUUGGCCAUGGCGUCCCCGGCCAUCGGGCAGCGUCCGUACCCGCUGCUCCUGGACCCUGAGCCUCCGCGGUAUCUGCAGAGCCUGAGCGCCGAGUCCGGCCGCCCGCGUCGCUGCGUCCCCGCUGCCCUGGUCCCUGUGCCGGGGGUGAGUGAGGGGCGCGGCGGCCGGAGGGCAGCGCGCGGGGACCCGGAGCCCCAGCCGCGGGCCUGCCGACCCGCCCGCCCUCUCCGGCCUGGGCUGCAGCAGAGACUGCGGCGGCGGCCUGGGGCGCCCCGGCCCCGCGACGUGCGGAGCAUCUUCGAGCAGCCGCGGGAUCCCCGCGUCCUAGCGGAGCGAGGCGAGGGGCACCGUUUCUCGGAACUGGCGCUUCGAGGCGGCCCCGGCUGGUGCGACCUGUGCGGACGAGAGGUGCUGCGGCAGGCGCUGCGCUGCGCCAAUUGUAAAUUCACCUGCCACCCAGAGUGCCGCAGCCUGAUCCAGCUGGACUGCAGACAGCACGAGAGCCCCUCUCUGGAUAGACCCUCUCCAGAAAGCACCCUCACCCCGACCUUCAGUCAGAGCAUCUGUAGGGCAGUGGAGGAGACACAGCGCCCACCCACACUACAGGAGAUCAAGCAGAAGAUUGACAGCUACAACAGCCGGGAGAAGCACUGCCUGGGCAUGAAGCUGAGUGAAGAUGGCACCUACACGGGUUUCAUCAAAGUACACUUGAAACUUCGAAGGCCAGUGACGGUGCCUGCUGGGAUCAGGCCCCAGUCAAUCUAUGAUGCCAUCAAGGAAGUUAACCUGGCAGCCACCACAGACAAGCGGACAUCCUUCUACCUGCCACUUGAUGCCAUCAAGCAGCUACACAUCAGCAGCACCACUACAGUCAGCGAGGUCAUCCAGGGUCUGCUUAAGAAGUUCAUGGUCGUGGACAACCCCCAGAAGUUUGCACUUUUUAAGCAGAUUCACAAAGAUGGACAAGUACUCUUCCAGAAACUCUCCAUUGCGGACUGCCCUCUCUACCUACGUUUGCUUGCUGGGCCCGACACAGAUGUCCUCAGCUUUGUGCUAAAGGAGAAUGAAACUGGAGAGGUGGAGUGGGAUGCUUUUUCCAUUCCUGAACUUCAGAACUUCCUAACAAUCCUGGAAAAAGAGGAACAGGACAAAAUCCAACAAGUGCAAAAGAAGUACAACAAAUUCCGACAGAAACUGGAAGAGGCAAUAAGAGAGUCCCAGGGGAAGCCUGGGUAACCAACUUGCCUCCUCUCCUCCUAAUGCCCUCAGAUUUAUUUUUAUUGUUAAUUAUUUUGCAACAGACACUUUUUCUCAAGACACCUCUGGUUGAGUGUACUUGUGCCUGCCCUGCAGUUACAAAGUCUCUUCCACAGAAAAGUCUCUGUGCAGAGAUUGACUCCUGCCCAUCUAUCAUGCCAUGCCCUCAACAGAUUAUGCCAGGGAUCAGAAAUCAUGUGAAAUGAACAGUGUUUUCCCCUCUCAAUCUGCAAGCCCUUCACAAACCAAAUAGUUGCCUCUCUGGUCACCAAACUGGAAUCGAUCACACCAGCUGGCAAAGAAGGGAAAAAAGGUUUAAGAGCUCUUCAUUUUCUGACUUUUAAUUCUUCAGUUUCUCUUCUUUGUCCUUUACAGCACCUUUAUUUAUGGGUCCUUGAAAGCAGGAGAUGCUCAUGAAAGGACUGCCCUCUCUUGCUAAGGUACCUGCUGUUCACCAGUCUCACAGAGGUCAACAGCCUAUCCAGGCCCUGCCUCUUAUCACCCAAGGGCUGUUGCACAUGCAAUACCUUCAUUUGUGGGUUAUUGUCACAUCACUGUCAACAGCUGUUUUGUUUAAAUUUUUGUUAAAUUUUAAAUUUAAUAUUGCUGUCACCCUUAUGGAUUUUUACCAAAAGGAAACCAGCUAGUUAACAUUUUUAGUUUCCUACUGAGCCUUCAAAGGUGUUACAGAGAAGUGCAUCCAAGCUGUCUACAGCCUUUCCCCAAAUAGAGAGCAGUGGGCCUGGGCUGCUUGGCCUCAACUCUGUCUCCCUCUUCCCACUGGGGCUUUAGGAUCUACAGCAGUUGCCUAUGGCCUUGAUUAAGGAGGUGGGGCCCUCCAACUCAGCCAACUUGGAGUCCUUUGUGUGGUGAAGCUUAUCAGCUUGCAGCACAACAUUCAGCGAACACAGAGGCCUGGCCUUCCUGGUGACUUCAGUGCCUUUUUGUUUUGAGAGCGAGAACAGGGCACUUUUGCUUGAAGCUGUCCUGUUGACUUGCUCCUAGCAAGAAGUGGAUAAUGGUGGUAUAAGAGACAAGACCAGAGGAGUCUUCAAUCAAAUUAUAGGGUGACAAUCAUACAUCUCUUUUUCAUCUAGGUUCCUGGGCUCUGACUUCCAAGAUACAGUGUUAGGCCACAUGAAAAGGGAGUAUCAGAUUAUGACUCUGAACCUUUAUACUGGGGUUCCUUGUUCAGGUUCAAACUUAAAUUAGCCAGACAAUGUCAACAGGACUUCAAAGACAAUGCAGAGGGAGGAAAACUUGUCCCUUUCAAAACAGGGCUGGUGUUCCAAUCUAGCCUUGAGGAAAGUCCACUUCCUUGCUGCCCUGCCUUUCCAGGUCCCUCAGGAUGUUUUGAAUCCAAGUUGCUCCACGUGGCCUCAAAGGUUUUCUCCCCAACCCAGGCUGAGUCUACACUGCUUCUAUCCUGAGGAAGGUGACUCCUUGUCAUUCAAAUCUGCAACCUCUUCAGAGCUGCAAGUGACAUGCGUUAGCAACUCUAAGGCCAUGUAUACCAUAAAACCCCUUAUCACUUCCCUCCUAUAACAAGCCCCUCUUUCUGCUGUGUAUUACAGAAACAGUUGGGAAAUCAUCUCCCUUCAUCCUGCAUGUCUGCAGCAUUAGGAGAAGGCAUGACUCCUGCUGCAACACUGUGAAUGCUGCUGAGAACCUCCCUCAUGGCUUUUAUUUUUUGAGAAGAAAAAAAAUGUCAUAUAUAUACACACACACACACAUAUAUGUAUAUAUACAUAGAAGCAUAUAACUAUAUAUAAAGAAGGGUGUUUAUGAAUUCAGAAAAUUAUGGUAAAAUUCAGGCUUUAAAGCACAGUUAGACCCAGGAUCUAUACUGAAGUUGGCCUCUGGAAAGUAUGUGUAGACUCCCUUCCAUCCCAGAGGUGGGUGUAACUGCUGGUAGUGCCUUCUAUGUUGUACUUCUAUGCGUGUUUGUUUUGAAGAUAUUUUCUUUCUAAAUGUUUCUUAUAUGAGUUUUUAAAAAAAGUAAUAAAAGGUUAUUGUAAAAAUGA